AUGUGGCCGUUUUGGGGACUGGACCUGAACCGAGUCCGCUGUGACCUGCUCUUCACAGAAGCCAUCAAUCAAAGGAUGCAGGUUCCCAACAGGCUGAAGGUAGCAGAUAGCUUCAGCCCUGUGGAUGAGGAGCCAAUGACAGAGGAUGUCCCUCCUUCCUUUCGGAUGCACAUCCCUGAUAGGAUUUCUCUUGCAGAAAUGUCAGAUGCCAGUUUGAGGCCCAUCCUGCUAAAAUCUGUCAUGGUGCACAUGUCCCCGGACUCCUCUGCGCAGCCCACCUGCCUCAGGGAGCUCCCUUUUCUGCACAUAGCCAGCAGAUCAAGCUCCCAGAAACGCAAACGAUCGGGCCAUCACAGCAGCAGGUCACGACGGGAGAGGACUCCAAGUGACUGUGCCCAGCUGGCCUUGCACAGCCCGGGCCAGCACCAUGAGCGGCCGGAUGCGUGCCCCCUGCCCGCGCACAGUGCCCCGCUCCCCCUCCUUGCGGAGACAGGCAGGAUCUACUCCAUGCAGAACAUCUUCCAGACCAUGUACCUCCUGGGGCAGGUGCUCUUCCACCGUGUCCAGGACUCUCUGCAAGACCCAGUGCCAUCCAGUUCCCAGGAGGCUGGCCCAGCCCUGGAGAAUGCCUUGGAGGAGGUCGGAGUGGCUGAGAUGGCAGCAAUGAGAAAGCAGCUGACGAGGAUCUCGGGAAGGCUCCGCGUGCUGGAGGAGCAGUGCAACACCUGGCGUCAGAAGGAGGCCCUGGUCUACUCCGUGCUGAUCUCCGCCUGCCUCAUCAACACGUGGCUCUGGCUGAGGAGAUAA